AAGUGGGACAGCCCGGAAGUCUGCAAGAAUGUAUCACAGGCAGCUGAAACAGAUAUUCAGCCUGAGUCGAAGUGUGCAUUUGCUAAAUGGUAUGGGCCAAGCUCGCAGGAUGAUGACAGAGAGCACGAUCCAGGAAAGCAGGAGCAUUCAUUCCAGUCACAUCCCUACCACCCAUAACGUCCCAAUGAGGGUGCUGAUCAGACCCAUCCCAUCUGUCCUAGAGGAGAGUAAGGUUCAGAGUCUUAUGGAAACCCUCCAGGAGGAUGCAGACCUGGUGCCACCAAUAGAUGUUCUCUGGAUCAAAGGCCGGAAUGGAGGGGACUAUUUCUAUUCCUUUGGGGGAUGUCAUCGUUAUGCAGCUCAUCAACGGCUCAACAAGGAAACUAUUGCAGCCAAAAUCAUCCAGACUUCUAUCAGUGACCUACGCACAUACCUAGGUUCCAGUACGCCAGACUUGCAAUAAGAUAAAUGGACUUGCGGUAUGGCUACUAGGAAAUCACAGCUUUGUUCAAAGACAAUAAUGGGACAAGAUUUUCCCAGAUCCGAACUAUGAAGGAAGAUUUCAUAAAUAGAAAAAAAAUGCAAAAAGUAUUCAUAUAGACCCUUAUUUUUUUAAUCUGAUAGAACAACCUGUAUACAGUAUAAUACUUCAUAAUAUACCAAAUGAUGACAAUGCAUAUAAUGUGUGAACUAAUUCAAAUAUGGUGUAAAAGGUGAUCCUAAUGUCAUUGAUUUAGUGUCCAAAGCUUGAUUAUUAUUAUUAUUAUUAUUAUUAUUAUUAUAAGGAAUUCAACACCCCUACUGUAAAUUAUUGGUUUUUAUAUGGUCUUGGAACUCCUCAAUUACUUAUAAUAUCCUUGUAGUAAUUUACAGUAGUGUACUGCAUACAUUAUACUAAGUUGUUGUUUUUUUUAGUCAAUUGAAAUGAAAAUUAGGCCCAGAUUUAUCCAGAGUGAUAAAUUGUAUGGUGAUAAAGUAGCAACCAAUCAACUCCAAACUGUCAUUUUUCCAACACAGUCUGUAACAUGGCAGUUAGGAGCUGAUUGGUUGGUACUUUAUCACUGUGCAAUUGAUGACUCUCCAAGGCUUGAUAAAUAUGGGCCCCUGUAUUUUCUUGACUUAAUUUAAUUUACAUAAAAAUAGGUGCUGCUAAUUGAUCAUUCAUGAGCCAUUUAAUGUAUUAGAAUUAUUUUAUUAUAAUUUUCACUUAUUAUACUGGAAUUUCAAAUUCAGAGAUAAAUAAAACGAAUUCUAUUGAUA